GCUCAGUAACUCUGGGUUAAAAAAGGGCUGCCUGAAAUACAAUCUUUUAUUUGGAGCAGAUUCCUGCAAGGAUUCAGUUAAUGUGCUUCUCUGUGUUAAAUUGUUAUCAUCAGGCUGCCAAACCAGAAAGAUGUCUCAGCCAGCUGCUGAUUUUGCAGGGACGUGGCUCCACAGGCAGAAUAAUGUCAUUUGUAAGGUAACAGUGACACAUUAAGGUGUGGCACUCAGCCAGGUAAUGGCACCGAGGUUGUUGGGUUUGUUUGUUAUUAGUGAACAUGAAUCAUUUUAUGUAUAGCACCCAUCAUUGCCAUACUGAGCAAAUUAAAAUGUAUUUACUCUUUGUAUCACCAAGGCACUCAGAGAUGUGUCCCAGGUGAGAGAUUGUGCUGCUGAAAGCCAGAGUUGCAUGAGUCAGGCUCUGUCUUCUCAAAGACCUUGUCCAGCAAGGGGAAGGGUGGGAAAACACAAUGAUACUCCUCAUGUUGUGCAGGGAAACACAGAUUCAGAGAACUUUGCUCUCUCUACGAUGCUUGCUGUAGGCUAAGACUAAUAGGAAAAUGAAAGGAAAGACUCUUGUGUCUCAGGAAUCAAAAAGCUGUACCUGGAGGGAGAAGCAGCAGGAUGUGAAGGCUCAACAGGCAACCAAAGAAAAACUCUUCCAGGUUCUGUCUGAUCUGCCUUUGAAAGCCCAGCUGAACUGAUUGAUGGCCACCAGCCCAUGGUAAGUUCUCAGCCCAGUCAGGACCAUUUAAGAGAGAGAAUGACUCAGUGUCGCGGCCAGAAAACACCGAGACAUUACAUUUUAUACCCUGACAGGUUCUGCUUUCAUGGGCUCAGGACUUUGGGGAUGUGGAGCAGAGAAUGUCUGUGGCAUGGCCCAGCCAGGGCUGGGGCUCUUGUCCUCCCCAGCAGCAGGAGAGACAGGGAAGGCACUCUCAGGGAAAAGGCUUUCCCUGAGGCAUGAGAAUAAGUGCUUCUGCCUCGUGUCUGACCUUCCUCUGGAAGACAGACAUGAAAAGCAGCAAUAAAUAAAUGAUUCUGCACUCCCUUCCUAGAAAGCUGACUUGAGUUUACUUAUCACUUCCUUCUUGCCAAGACUCAAAUAUGUUUCGUUUGUUGAAAUAUUCAUUUUCCCCGUCCCUUGAAAGGAGCAUUACAAAGGAAGGUGCACAUUGCUCCUAGGCAGAGCUUUGCUUGCCUCGGGAAAGCCGUGCGCUAACCACUGCAGCGUUUACCUUGUGAGCCUGCCAGGAGCUGGGUCAUCUGCUGUUUACAGGCUGGCAGAGCAGCUCUGCAGUUCCUCUUUUUGUGCUUGAACCCUGUUCAAGCCCCCACGGCAGACGGGGUGGGGGCGUUGGUGGUGUGGGACCUCCAGCAGCACCUCGGAGCAAUGAGCGUCCAACUGCUGCUGCUGCUCUGCACUGUGCUGGGCACCCACCCUGCUCGUGCCUUUGGUGGCUGGGAGUCCCCGAGCCCCAGUGACAGCGUGGCCCGGGGCAGGCACGCCCGCUCUGUGAGUGUCCCACCACAGCCCCGCGACUGCCUCCUCUCCUCCUGGUCCCCCUGGAGCAAGUGUGACCCCUGCCAGAAGAAAAGGUACAGAUUUGCCCGCCUGGAACAGCCCUCUCAGUUCAGUGGAGAGCCCUGUGAUGACUCUGACAGGGAAGCUGAGCAGUGUGUCACAAACAGUCCCUGCAGGAGCAGAGCUCGCUGUGAUGGGUUUGUGUGUGCAGUCACAGGGAGAUGCAUUGCACGGAGGCUGCUCUGCAAUGGGGAUGACGACUGUGGGGACCAGUCAGAUGAGAAAAACUGCAAAAAGGUGUUCAGGAAAUGUGACCAGAAGAUGGAAGAGUAUUGGGGAAUAGAGAAUCUGGCUAAAGGGUUGAAUGUGUUCACAAACAGCCUGGAGGGGUUGGUCCUUGAUCACAGGUACUAUGCUGGGGGAUGUUCUCCCCAUUACAUCACAGACACGAGGUUCAGGAAGCCCUACAACGUGGAAAGCUACAUGCCAGAGACCAAAGGCAAAUAUGAAUUUACAAUGACUGAAUAUGACUCCUACUCAAAUUAUGAAAGCAGUGUCCUGAAGGCAAAAGCUACGCAGUCAAGCUUCAGCAUUGGUAUAAAAAUACCAAAAGUGUUUGAACUUGGUUACAGUUCGAAUGACAUGAGGUUCAAGAAGUUCAUGCAGAGGAUGAAAAGAUUUUCUUCAAGUUCCAGCAAGUUCAUCCACGCCCGUUCUGAGCUGGCUGUUGGUGUUUACAAGCUGAAGGCCCGGGCCCUGAUGCUGCACCACGAGUUCCUGCGGCGGCUGCGGCAGCUGCCCACGGAGUACAGCUACGGAGAGUACCGGGAGCUGCUCAGGGAUUUUGGGACACACUUCAUCCAGGAGGCCACUCUUGGAGGCAUCUACGAGUACACCUUGGUCAUGAACAGCGACGAGCUCCGCAGGGCGGGUUAUUCUCUGAGUGAUGUCCAGAAAUGUGCACAGAAGGGCUUUAACGUUGCUGUGAAUUUUGGUAAAUUCUCUGUGGGGCUUGGAGUAGAUUCAGCUGGCUGCAAAGCCCUUUUGAAAGAGAUUGGAGACAGCACUGCCAGGAAGCAGUUUGUGGAGGAUUUCGUGGUGCUGGUCCGUGGAGGAGCGAGUGAAGACAUCACCACGCUGGCCCACAAGGACCUGCCCACAGCCCAGCUCAUGCAGCAGUGGGGAGAUGCUGUGCAGUACAACCCUGAGAUCAUAAAGCUGAAGGCAGAGCCACUGUAUGAGCUGGUGACUCCCUCUGACUUGGCUGAUUCCAUGAAAAUAAAGGAGAAUCUGCGCCGGGCUCUGGAUGAGUUCCAGCAGGAGAGCAGCUCCUGCCGCUGUGCUCCGUGCCACGGGAAUGGCAUCCCCUUCCUGAGAGGAACAGAGUGUGAGUGCCUGUGUCCCCUCGGCACCAGCGGCACCGCCUGCGAGAUCAGCAGGAGCAAAGAUGCUGCUGUCAAUGGAAACUGGGGGUGCUGGGCCAGCUGGUCCCCGUGUUCAGGAGGUCAGAGGACAAGAAGGCGACAGUGCAACAACCCUGCCCCACAGAAUGGUGGCUCCUCCUGCUCAGGGCCAGACUCUGAGACAGUCCCUUGCUAGAAGGAAUCAGCAGGGACUCGCACAAAACUGAUGGCCAGACUGCUUGGGAAGACAUCACCUCACUGGCUUUCUGAGUUGGCCUCGCUCUGCCCUUGGGUCUCAUCCCAAUCAGAAACAUUUCAGGAAACACUGGGAGCUGGGAGGGUGUUAGGAACCACACCUUUGGAUGUGCAGCUGUCCCGUGGGACUGAAUGUGCUUACUGACCUCAAUAUUUUGCCUUUUCCCUGUGUUUAUUACAGUGGGCUAAAUGAGACAAGCUUUAUCUCUGUCUGUAUUUGGUAGCUGCAUGAUUUCAAAUUGUACUGUCUUCUUGUUGAAGGUUCCUUUGAGAUAAGAAGAGACACUUUGAUCUUUCGUGCAGCAGGAUGUGCACUGAUGCACAGCUCCUGUGUCGUGUGGAGCAAAAUCCAGCACAUUAAAGCCUAAAUCUCAACGAGCACA